AUGGAGAUUCCGACUGCGACUCGAUUACUCAUCAUGGCCUUGUCCCACCUUCUCGACCAUGAUCUUCACGAAAAGUCGGCGAAUUUCAAGAAUUUCCAGAAAACACGUCAUCAUGACACCCUUUUCCGCGCCCUUCAGACAGACGAUUUCGACACGGAACUGAUCAUGAUGACGUAAAUGUCUCAGAGACAAGAGGCUUUCAUGUUUGGAGCGGCGGUUCGGCCGCUAUGACAUGACUUCCGUCAUGAUGACACCUUAUUUUAGCCAUCCCAGCCAGCCUAGCCCUCUUUCUCCUCUCAAUUCCACUCGUUUCGGCCACCAAGACAGUCGGACUGUGUUUUGGAUGACAUUUUCUCGAGACAGACUGACGGAUUUUUUAGACAGACUGACGUAUUUUAUGGAUUUUUGCGAAAACUGUGUCAUCAUGACGGGUUUUCUCGUAGGUUCGAGGUAGACGAAUUUUUAUCGAAUAUACAACCACACCGUAGCCGAAUAUCGUAGCCGAAUGAAGCAGAUUCCGAGCCGAUUUCACCAAAAAGUCUUCAAUUUUUUCGCCUGUCACGGAACGCCACAAUCGAUUUUUCGGCGCGACGAAGUGUCAAAAUUGAAUUUGCGAAAAAUUUUUUGAUGAUAAACUUAUUUUUUUGGACGAAAAAUUGUUUAGGAAUCUUGCAAAUCUAUUUCGAAAGGUGUGUAAAAAUUAUUUUGCAUUGUUUUAUAUUGUUUUAGGAUCAAAAAUGUCGAAAGUUGAACUUGAUGCUCUGCCCGCAUUUGACUUCUCCAAUUCGAUCAGGAAUGUCGCGCUAGACAGCAUGGGCGUGCAACCAUACGUUCAUCGAUCAACUGGUACCACAAUUGUUGCAUGUUUGUCCAAGGUGGGUGAUUUUGGAAUUAUUUUUUUUGGGCUCAGGUGUUGAGGUCGUGGAUAAUAUAAUAAGAGCUGGAGGAAACGAGAUAUCAAGGCAAUUUUUCGCAGAGUAGAAUCUAGAAGGGUUGAAGAAGCUGACUGUAUGUUUUUUAGUAAGGUCUUAUGCGUGCAAGCUUAUUUUUGCGGCAUUUAUAUUGGUUAUGGUGAAUAGUAAAAUUUCGCUCUAAAUUUGCAGUGUUUUGUCGAUUAUUGUUCUCAAUAGUUGCUAAGAGGUAUAGUAGAUGUAUUUCAGCCUUUGGUUUAAUUGUAUUCUUCUUUGUUAAAAAUUCAGAGCAAUUUUUAUAUUGUCCAUACCACUUGAAGUCAAAAAUUCGUACUUUCUCUGCGGAUCUCCCGAUUUUAUCGUUGAAAUGGCUAUUUUUAGACCGGUGUUGUAAUGGGCGCUGACUCUCGAGCGACUCAGGGCAACGUUAUCGCCGACAAACAGUGCGAGAAGGUCCACAAACUCACCGAAUCCAUGUAUGCUUGUGGUGCCGGUACGGCGGCUGAUCUGGACCAAGUGACCCGGAUGCUUGGUGCUAACCUCCGACUUAGCGAGCUGAACACUGGAAAGAAGGCGCGCGUGAUUGCCGCGUUGAGGAUGGCCAAGCAGCACCUGUUUAAGUACAUGGGCUAUAUCGGAGCGUAUUUGUUGAUCGGAGGUGUGGACGCCACGGGUCCGCAUCUGUAUGAAUGCUCAGCCAAUGGUACGACCAUGGCCAAAGCUUUUGCUGCCGAUGGUAGUGGAAGUUAUUGUGCUAUUACCGUUUUGGAGAGGGAUUUCAAGAAGGAUAUGACUGUAAGUUAAUUUUCUUGUUUUUUCGAUGUUUAGGUAGCUACAAAUGUUCGACAACCUCUGUAGAGGAGUAAUUGGCCUAUGUGGAGGGUCUGAGAUAAUAAUAUCAAGUAGACAUACACAUCUGGAUCGAUUUUUAUAUUACACAUGCCAUCUCAAUAUUACCCUUCGCAUUUUCAGACCGCUGAAGCCAAGGCUCUCGUCCAGCGCGCCUUGGAAGCCGGUAUGCACGGAGAUAACAUGAGUGGAAACUCGUUGAAUUUGGUCAUCAUUGAGAAGGACGAGACCAUCUUCGAAGGACCCAUUGUUCCAGAAUUCUGCAAACUCCCAGAACCUCUGGAUCUCACUUACAAGUUCAAGGCCGGCACCACAAAGGUCCUGAAGCAAAAAACCUUCAAAUACGAUGUGAUUGAAUCCAUGGACCUGCACUAA